UUGGAACGAAUCUUUCUCUCCAAGUUCCAUCUGUAACUUUCCCAACAAGUGAAUCUGUUUUAAUAUGUGGUGAUCAGAUAACAAUAAAAUUUAUAGAUGACGGAAAUCCACCAACUUCAUCAAUGUCAGGAAUCAAAGUUCAAUUCAUGACAGAUCAUGAUAAGCAACAAAUUACAUUACUCACCAUCGCCGAAAACCUUUUAACCAAUGAAACACAAACUGCUUUUAAAGUGCCAUCUAUUAAAACAUUGGGUUAUCCUCCAGGAAAACUUUAUUCCUUGAUGUUUUCAGAUCCCGAUAAGCCUGAUAAAGGUGGCGUUAGUUGGAGUCCUAGAUUCACUGUACUUGAAGCUGGAAUUAAUACUAUUAUCGAUAAUUUUUACCAACGUUCGGAAAUAAUAGAUUCAUCUGAAUCACCUUCCGUAACAACUCCUGUAAUAAAAAAAGAGACCUCAAAUUCUUUUUUAUUAGGUAAUAUUCCCUUACCGCUACCAGAAAUUUCUCUUCUUCCCGAUCCGCAAACGACUUCAUCAACAAAUAACGAGAUGUCAGUAGCCGCAAACGCCGCUACGUUAGUUGUCUCAACGCCAACAAACACUGCUACACCAGUAGUCACGACAUCAGCGAAUGCUGCUACUCCUGCAAUAAUUAUGACACCGACACAUGAUUGGAACUCAGUAAUGACCGCAAUGAUAAAUCCUACGAUGCCAGUAACUGUUGCAAUUCCAUUAACUCCAAAUAAACAACAUUCACCAUCAUCUGAUCCAGGAACUGUUAUAGUAAUAGUCAAUCACCCCAAAACCUCAAAUACUCAAAAUAGUCUUCAAACUCAACCUUCUAUUGCGGAUUCACAAAGUUCUGCUAUUAACAAUAGAUUUGUGAGGCUUGGUGAGAGUUACUAUAUUAUUAUGAAUUUAGGAUGUAUGCUUAUAGGACUUUUCUUUAACCUUAAAUAG